AUGAGGCUGCGGCUACGCCAGCCAGCACCUCUGCGCCUCCGCCGGACGGUGUGGACGUGGAGGAAGGCACCUGCCCCAUUCCAGGGGGAGAGCCUGCACCGGUUCUUCACCGGGGUGAACACCCCGGUGGGUGCCUUCGACCCUAUGGCGCCAGUUGGAGCCUCGUUCCGCGCGGCCAUGGACCGCCUGCCUCCUGCGACAGUUGACAUGGCGCUGCUCACGGAUGCGCCGUCUUCGCAUGAGAUCGAGGACCAAGUGCAGCGUGCGCGUGGCAGUUCCAGCCCUGGCUUGGACGGUGUCGGCUAUGACAUCUUCAAGCUGUUCACGGCCCAGCUUCUGCCCGCCCUGUAUGCGGCGUUCGCGCGCUGCUGGCAGUCCAAGCGUGUGCCGCAGAGCUGGAAGGUUGGCGUGGUGCGCCUGCUGCACAAGAAGGGCGAUCGGCUCGACCCAUCCAAUUGGCGGCCGAUCUGCUUGCAGCAGGCCAUCUACAAGUUGUACGCCGGUGUCUUGUCGCGUCGCUUUACGCGCUGGCUCGACGUCAACGGCCGCCACGCCGACGCGCAGAAGGGCUUUCGAGCCAUGAACGGCUGCGGGGAACACAACUUUCUCGCAGCCACGCUCGUCGACCAAGCCCGGCGCAAGCAUCAGGAGUUGCAUGUCGUGUGGUACGACUUUGCCAACGCUUUUGGUAGCGUGCCACACGACUUGCUCUGGGAAGCGCUACAUCGGCAGGGUGUUCCACCCGAGUUUGUCGCUUGUUGCCGUGGUCUCUACGCAGACGCAGCGUUUACAAUUGGUAACGCUGUGGAUGGGACCACGGCACCGAUCGCGUUGAAGGUGGGGGUGUUUCAAGGCUGCCCACUCAGCCCCCAUCUCUUCACCGCCGCGAUCGCCCCGCUGCUUCACGCGCUCAAGUCGCUGCCGGACACUGGCGUGAAGAUGUCAAGCGAAGACCGUCCCGGUGCUGCUGCUUACGCCGACGACUUGAAGACAUUCAGCAGCACCGUGGACGGCAUCAAGCGUCAACAUUCGGUGGUGCAAGACUUCCUGCGCUGGACUGGCAUGAAGAGCCAACCCGCUGAAGUGCAGCACCAUGUCAGUCCAGCGGGAUGUGCGUGGUCUCCACCAGACCAGCGACCUCGGGCUGCAGCUGGACGGCACCCCAAUCCCCGCGCUCAGCGCCUCCGACUCCUACCAGUACUUGGGGAUCGGGGAUGGCUUCGACCAUGUGCGCCGUCGCGUUGA